AUGGAUGCCCUUAUGGUGAGGGUUGAAGAGUGUGAGAAUAUCCAAGGGUCUAAUGUUCCUAUGACGGCCUUGAAGGCCAAUGUUAUUGGACUAAGCAAAGAUGUGGACGAGCUGAAGUCCACUGAUUUAUCUAUGUUAUUUAGGACUAUGGAGAUUCCUAAGAUGUGGAACACUGAUAUUCCAUUUUAUUAUGAGGUUUCUGCGGCUACUACUGUUGGAGAUGAUGCUAGAGUUAAUGAGGGAGAUGUUGAGUCUGAGGUAGAGACAUAUGAGAAGCAACUCGGGGUUAGAGAUGAGGCUGUAUUUUAUGACUUGGUAGAUACAACUGCGCAAGCCUCUUUGAGAGACAUUUCUAUGAUAGGCUCUAGUGGAGUCAAGGAUGCUAAUAUGCCAGGCACUGAUGCCGAGACAGAGGGAGUUGCCGACAUGCAGACUUUAACACAAUCCUAG